GCCACUACUCUGAUAGAACUGCCUACCCAAGAGAGGAGAGAAGAAAAUUCUUUUAACCAAAGAAGAGAAAUAUUUCAUCCGUUAAGUGCUAGCCGUAUCGAACGAACCGUUCCGGUUUGUUUUAAAACCCGUUCCUGUCUUAUCGUAAACCGGUCGAGUUUGAAUGGCUGAGUUGACUCAGGCCGAGGUGUACUCGCCUCGGUCGUUGCAAGUAUGGAGAGCGCUUUUGAUUUGGCUGACUUUUUUCUAUCAGAUCUUUGCGCAGAUCAUCAGUGCCGUUGGUCAGUAUCCUUUGCCUUCGUCUUCGACGCACCGUUUCAAGCCCUUGCCUGCGGGUGACUCGACUGCAAUCGAGUCUCCCGCUACGGUCGAGAUCGCUGCCGUUUUGGACUCUCCUGUUCCCACUGAUGAAGACCGCGUCAAAAAGCUCACGGUAGUUCUUGACUUGGAUGAAACUCUAGUUUGUGCAUAUGAGACAUCUAGUCUGCCACCUUCCCUUCGUAAUCAAGCAACAGAUGUUGGAGUGAAGUGUUUUGAGUUGGAAUGUGUAUCUUCGGACAAGGAAUGUGAAGGGAAGCCUGAGGUCACUUACGUUACAGUGUUUGAGCGCCCGGGCUUGCAAGAUUUUCUAAAUCAACUAAGUGAAUUUGCUGAGCUUGUACUAUUUACUGCUGGCCUUGAAGGCUAUGCUAGGCCACUUGUUGACAGAAUUGAUGCGGAAAAUCGAUUUAGUCUUCGACUUUAUAGGCCUUCUACAAUUAGUACGGAGUAUCGGGAGCAUGUGAAAGACCUCUCCUGCCUAUCUACAGAUUUAUGUCGAACCGUUAUUGUUGAUAACAAUCCUUUCAGUUUCCUCUUGCAACCGGUAAAUGGGAUUCCCUGCAUCCCGUUUUCUGCAGGGCAGCCACAUGAUACACAGCUUCUGGAUGUCAUCCUUCCACUUCUCAAGCACCUUUCUCAGCAAAGAGACGUGAGACCAGUUCUUUACGACAGGUUCUGAAUGCCGGAAUGGUUUCAAAAGCAAGGUAUCCCCUCUUCUAGUUGGUCAAUGUAGGGAAAAGAUCGUUGGCACACCUUUGAUCCUUCUCGGUACUUUUUGUGCAAUUCUCUAUCAUCGAAAGGCAGCAUCUUGUUGUAUCAUUCAUGACCUUUGUAUAGCAUCCGAAUUCUAGAGUUGCCAAGUGCCAAUGAAUGCCUCCAGAGACCUGGAAAACGAAGAAUGUGAUGAUAUCGCUUAUUUGAUUAGGUAAAACCUCUAUGUAUUAAGAUGAAUAUGUGCCAAGAAUUCUUGAUUCUUGUUUGUAACUUUGUAUACAAGCUCUGCGAUUCUAUUGGGUGUUUAUGCAUCUUUCGGAAAUUUGUAAAUUUGUUGUCAAUCAAUGAUUAUUUGUAGUUCACACAUCAUUUA